AUGACUGAUUUAUCACGUUUCAAAUUGAAGUCGAUCACUGAUAAAUAUGGUUGUACAAAGAUUAUGACUAAGAUUGAUCAGUACAUAAUUGAGCAUUCCCUACGUUUAUCAGAAGCACAAAAGUGGUUGUUACAGAAAACUAAACAACAUCCAAGAGCGUCAAGAUUGAUUUCAAGUUUAGAAAUGCAAUUUAUGUCCAAUAUAUGUUAUGCGAUCAAUGCUAAAAAGACACUUGUAAUCGGAACUUUAACCGGAUAUGCUCCUUUGUCUCUAGCUGAGGUGCUACCAUCAGAUGGGAGUGUAUUGGCUUUGGAGACAACUGACGAAUACCUAAAGGACUAUUGUAUUCCAGCAUGGAGACAAGCUGGUGUUGAGUCGAAAAUUGAUUUUCGACAUGGUUCAGUUAUAGAAAUACUGGAAAAUUUGAUUGCGAAUGGAGAAAGUGAAACAUUUGAUUUUGCACUUAUCGACGGUGAAAAAAAUGAAUACGUUCAACACUAUGAACUAUGCCUGAAGCUGAUUCAACCACGUGGUAUUAUCGCUAUUGACAAUGUUAUUUGGUCAGAACUUGUAAUUGACGAAAGUGAUCAAACUGAUUUAACUAUCGGUAUCAGGCAGCUAAAUGAUCUGAUAGCAAAGGAUGAUCGAGUAAAAAUAUCCCUCUUAAAUAUUGGUGACGGAUUGACUGUCGUUGUGAAAAACUGA